CACCUUUACGGCUUUACAAACACAGUUGUUCUGAACGAGAAAUUGAGAAUUGAAAUCCUAAUUAGAAAGAGUGACUGGUUGAGUGGUUGGUAGCUAGCUAGUUUCUUUCCAACAGGUAGUGGCGAUAGGUCUCAUUUAGACUCAGGUCCUACACACCACUCGGCGUGAUGCCGUGAAUUUAGGGGUAAAAGGAAAAUCUUGGAGCACUUGCCGUAAUCCCAAAAGCAACGCAAAAAUGGAGGGGCAGCAAUGGUGGAGGCUCAGGUUCUCCUUCAGGAACGCAACCAUAGUGGUGUGCUUCAUUAACGUAAUCACUGCACUCUUCUUGCUCCAUGGAUUCCUCACUUCUUCCUACACCCGCAACAAACUCUCCUCACCUAAUUCCAACCCAGCUCAAUUGAGUUAUAUUAAGGAAUCUGAGGAGAUUCGUCUUGCUAUGUUACCGUUGGAGUUGAUAAAGAGAGUGAGAGAGAUUGAACAGGAUGUAUACACUGAAUCAGAAACAGCCCAGAAGAAAGACUCGAAGCAGACUGCUGCAGUUGAUCUGUCUAAAAGGUUAAAAGAUAUCCGUUCCUUAAAUGACGCUGCCAGCCUGAAAGCUUUGGAGGAAUGGCGUAGAAGAAAGAUGGAGAGGGCCAGACAAAGACAAAUGGAGAAAAACGGAACAACCUCCUCUCAAGCGUGAGAACUUUAUGACUUAUAGUACAGGAUUUAGCUCCUUUAAAGUGACAACAUUGGAAAGGGGAGAAAGUGAGCUCUUAUUAUAUGCGAGUCCAACUAACUUGAUUCGAAGUUGAUCAGAGACUCAUUUUCUCCCUUUAACAAGAUGAUCACUUUAUGAGAAUCCAAUCCAAUAGUACAAAUGAAGGUUAACAUGUUUACUAAAAUGUGACAAAUAGUAAUGAUUAGUGCACACACUGUAUAGCAACAAUCAUAAGCCGGUGCUGAGUAUUAUCAUUAUAGCUGACUUCUGUUGUAAAUGCUAUUUCCUCUAAGACACAGUUUGGUUGUGCAUUGCUUGAUACCCUAUGGUUCAUCAUCUACUUUUUA